AGAGAGAAAAUAUUAUUACCCCAUCUUCCAAUAUUGUUUCCUUUCUCUCUAACAAACAAAAGUUUCAUAUUUUCCCAUUUUUCAUACCAAAAGUUUCAUUUUUUUCCUCCCCACAACUAUUUCUUGAAUGAAAUAGCAAGAGGGCUAGAGAAAGCUGGGGGGAUUUUUUUUUUUAAUUUUUGUUUAGUUUUUGAGAAUUUUGUUAUUUGGGUUUGAAGUUUGAACUGAAAUGGGGAGAGGGAGAGUGCAAUUGAAGAGAAUAGAGAACAAAAUUAAUAGACAAGUGACUUUCUCAAAAAGAAGGUCAGGUUUAUUGAAGAAAGCUCAUGAAAUUUCAGUUCUUUGUGAUGCUGAAGUUGCUCUUAUUGUUUUCUCCACCAAGGGGAAGCUCUUUGAAUACUCGACUGAUUCUUGUGAAAUGAAUAUGAGUCAGAAUUUGAAUUUUCAUUUCAGCAUGGAGAAAAUUCUUGAGCGUUAUGAAAGGUAUUCAUAUGCAGAGAGGAGACUUGUUGCAAAUGAUAGCCUAUCAAAUGGAAAUUGGACACUUGAGCAUGCAAAGCUUAAAGCCAGAAUAGAGGUUUUACAGAAAAACCACAGGCAUUUCAUGGGGGAAGAUCUGGACUCAUUGAGUCUAAAAGAGCUCCAAAAUAUUGAGCAACAACUUGAUUCUGCACUCAAGCAUAUAAGAGCUAGGAAGAACCAACUCAUGCAUGAAUCCAUUACAGAGCUACAGAAAAAGGGCAAAGUACUACAAGAGCAUAACAACAUGUUAGGCAAGAAGAUAAAGGAGAAGGAGAAAUCACGAGCUCACAAUCCACUAAUGGAGCAGCAGCAGCAGCAGGAUGGUAAUGCCAUUGAGUCUUCUCCACUUCUUCUACCUCAACCAUUUCAAUCUCUCAGCAUGAGUUGUCCUUAUACAACCCACGUCCCCGAAGAGAACGACUCCACUGUCAAUCACGACAGAUCCGAUACCCUCCUCCCGCCGUGGAUGCUCCGCCACCACCUUGGUGACUAAAAUAAUACAUAUAUACAUUACAAGACUUAUAAUAACUGUAAGGCUUGUUAUAUAUAUAUAUAUAUAUAUAUAUAUAUAUAUAUAUAUAUAUAUAUGUAUGUAUGUAUAAUAAUAUAGUAAUUGUCUUGUAGUAGUAAUAUAGUAUAUCACAAAAUAUUGUUCUUUAGGUGUAUGAACAACCCCUGUUGGAUAAUGGAUAUAUAUUGGGAUUGGAUCCUUUGUGGAAAACUUGUACCGUAGCUUUUAGUAAGUGUAAUUAAGGAAAUUAAAAGGGUACGCCAUGGGAACAGAGAAAAGCUAGCAUGGAGCUAUAUAUAUAUAUAUAUAUAUAUAUAGGCUUGUUAUUAUUGGUUCCCAAAAUGAGACAUUUUAUAUAUAGAUAAUAAGGCACAGUUUAUAUGAUUAUUGUGUAUAUAUAUACUUUGUAUAAAUGCCAACCCCACUAAUAACUUUUUAUUUACUCAA